GCGCGGCCCGGAGCGGCGGCGCCUUCCUGCCUCCUCGCCCUCGGGACUCGCUGGACCUUUGGGCAGAAAACGCGGAGCAGGGCCGGGGAGGACGCGCCGAGAGCGGGCGGAGACGGUUCGGGCCGGCGGCCGGCGGGCUCCUCCCGUCCUGGGGUCGGUGCUCCCCUCUCCCCCUCCCGCCUCCCGCUCAGCCUCUCCAUUUAUUUUUUCAAAUGCUGUGGCCGCCAGAGGUGCGGUGCUGAAUUCUUGGAAGGGGCCCGGAUGUGCUGAGGAUGCAUUACAAUUUCUCUGAAGGAGGCAGUAGUGGAAAGGAUCAGUUUUGGGUGUUUGAUGCCAUAAUGGGAAUCAGGUAAUCAUCAGAAGGGAGGAAGAGAUACUGCAGAUCCACGGCUCCCUCGAAUUUUGCACGGAAGCCGCCGGCCUCGGAGGAGGGAUUAGCGCAGACCCGCCUGGGGGUGUUUGACAUUCCUCUUUGUGGCUUCGUCUCCUCCUAAAACAAUUCUUGCUCCAUGGUCAAUGAGAACACGAGGAUGUACAUCCCAGAGGAAAACCACCAAGGUCCCAGCUAUGGGAGCCCGCGCCCGGCUCAUACCAACAUGAACGCCAACGCGGCCGCGGGGCUGGCCCCCGAGCACAUCCCCACGCCGGGGGCCGCGCUGUCCUGGCAGGCGGCCAUCGACGCGGCCCGGCAGGCCAAGCUGAUGGGCAGCGCCGGCAACGCCACCAUCUCCACGGUCAGCUCCACGCAGCGCAAGCGGCAGCAGUACGGCAAACCCAAGAAGCAGGGCAGCACCACGGCCACCCGCCCGCCCCGCGCGCUGCUCUGCCUGACCCUGAAGAACCCCAUCCGGAGGGCCUGCAUCAGCAUUGUGGAGUGGAAGCCAUUUGAAAUCAUUAUUUUACUGACGAUUUUUGCCAAUUGCGUGGCCUUAGCCAUCUACAUCCCCUUCCCAGAAGACGACUCCAACGCCACCAAUUCCAACCUGGAGCGAGUGGAGUACCUCUUCCUCAUCGUUUUCACUGUGGAGGCGCUGUUAAAAGUCAUUGCCUACGGACUCCUCUUCCACCCGAACGCUUACCUGCGCAACGGCUGGAAUCUCCUCGACUUCAUCAUUGUGGUUGUCGGGCUCUUCUCUGCCAUCUUAGAGCAAGCCACCAAAGCGGACGGGGCGAACGCACUCGGAGGGAAGGGGGCUGGAUUCGACGUGAAGGCGCUGAGGGCGUUCCGCGUGCUGCGGCCCCUGCGGCUGGUGUCCGGCGUCCCAAGCCUGCAGGUGGUCCUGAACUCCAUCAUCAAAGCCAUGGUGCCCCUGCUGCACAUCGCGCUGCUGGUGCUGUUCGUCAUCAUCAUCUACGCCAUCAUCGGCCUGGAGCUCUUCAUGGGAAAGAUGCACAAGACCUGCUACAGCGAGGAGGGCGCCGCAGAUGUCCCGGCAGAAGACGACCCCUCCCCCUGCGCCCUGGAGACGGGCCACGGGCGCCAGUGCCAGAACGGCACGGUGUGCAAGCCAGGGUGGGACGGGCCCAAGCACGGCAUCACCAACUUUGACAACUUCGCCUUCGCCAUGCUCACCGUGUUCCAGUGCAUCACCAUGGAGGGCUGGACCGACGUGCUGUACUGGGUCAAUGAUGCCGUGGGAAGGGACUGGCCCUGGAUCUAUUUUGUUACACUAAUCAUCAUAGGGUCAUUUUUUGUACUUAACUUGGUUCUCGGUGUCCUUAGCGGAGAGUUUUCCAAAGAGAGGGAGAAGGCCAAGGCCCGGGGCGACUUCCAGAAGCUGCGGGAGAAGCAGCAGCUGGAGGAGGACCUGAAGGGCUACCUGGACUGGAUCACGCAGGCGGAGGACAUAGAGCCCGAGAACGAGGACGAGGGCCUGGACGAGGAGAGACCCCGCAACAUGAGCAUGCCCACCAGUGAGACCGAGUCGGUCAACACCGAAAACGUGGCUGGAGGCGACAUCGAGGGAGAAAACUGCGGGGCCCGACUGGCCCACCGGAUCUCCAAGUCCAAGUUCAGCCGCUACUGGCGCCGAUGGAACCGGUUCUGCAGGAGGAAGUGCCGUGCGGCCGUGAAGUCGAGCAUCUUCUACUGGCUGGUCAUCUUCCUGGUGUUCCUCAACACGCUCACCAUCGCCUCCGAGCACUACAACCAGCCCCACUGGCUCACGGAGGUCCAAGACACAGCCAACAAGGCCCUGCUGGCCCUCUUCACGGCCGAGAUGCUGCUCAAGAUGUACAGCCUGGGGCUGCAGGCCUACUUCGUGUCGCUCUUCAACCGCUUCGACUGCUUCAUCGUGUGCGGCGGCAUCCUGGAGACCAUCCUGGUGGAGACCAAGGUCAUGUCCCCGCUGGGCAUCUCCGUGCUGAGAUGCGUCCGCCUCCUGCGCAUAUUUAAGAUCACGAGGUACUGGAACUCCCUGAGCAACCUGGUGGCCUCCCUGCUCAACUCCGUGCGCUCCAUCGCCUCCCUGCUGCUGCUGCUCUUCCUCUUCAUCAUCAUCUUCUCCCUCCUGGGGAUGCAGCUCUUCGGAGGGAAGUUCAACUUCGACGAGAUGCAGACCCGCAGGAGCACGUUCGACAACUUUCCGCAGUCCCUGCUCACCGUGUUUCAGAUCCUGACCGGGGAGGACUGGAACUCGGUGAUGCAUGAUGGCAUCAUGGCUUAUGGCGGCCCCUCUUUUCCAGGGAUGCUAGUCUGUAUUUACUUCAUCAUCCUCUUCAUCUGUGGGAACUAUAUCCUACUGAAUGUGUUCUUGGCCAUUGCUGUGGACAACCUGGCAGAUGCUGAGAGCCUCACCUCUGCCCAGAAGGAGGAGGAAGAAGAGAAGGAGAGAAAGAAGCUGGCCAGGACUGCCAGCCCAGAGAAGAAACAAGAGAUGGUGGAGAAGCCAGCAGUGGAGGAGACCAAGGAGGAAAAAAUUGAGCUGAAAUCCAUCACAGCCGCCGGAGAGUCCCCGCCGGCCACCAAGAUCAACAUGGAUGACCUCCAGCCCAACGAAAGUGAGGACAAGGCUUCCUACCCCCGCCCGGAAGCAACAGGAGAGGAGGACGAGGAGGAGCCGGAGAUGCCGGUGGGCCCGCGCCCGCGCCCUCUCUCUGAGCUGCACCUGAAGGAGAAGGCCGUGCCCAUGCCAGAAGCCAGCGCUUUCUUCAUCUUCAGCGCCAACAACAGGUUCCGCCUUCAGUGCCACCGCAUCGUCAACGACUCCAUCUUCACCAACCUGAUCCUCUUCUUCAUCCUGCUCAGCAGCGUCUCCCUGGCCGCCGAGGACCCGGUCCAGCACACCUCCUUCAGGAACCACAUUCUGUUUUAUUUUGACAUUGUUUUCACUACCAUUUUCACCAUUGAAAUUGCUCUGAAGAUGACCGCCUACGGGGCCUUCCUGCACAAGGGCUCCUUCUGCCGGAACUACUUCAACAUCCUUGACCUGCUGGUGGUCAGCGUGUCCCUCAUCUCCUUCGGCAUCCAGUCCAGCGCCAUCAAUGUGGUGAAGAUCCUGCGGGUCCUCAGGGUGCUCAGGCCCCUCCGGGCCAUCAACAGGGCCAAGGGGCUGAAGCACGUGGUGCAGUGCGUGUUCGUGGCCAUCCGCACCAUCGGGAACAUCGUGAUCGUCACCACGCUGCUCCAGUUCAUGUUCGCCUGCAUCGGGGUCCAGCUCUUCAAGGGCAAGCUCUACACCUGUUCCGACAGCUCCAAGCAGACGGAGGCGGAGUGCAGGGGGAACUACAUCACGUACAAGGACGGGGAGGUUGACCACCCCAUCGUCCAGCCCCGCAGCUGGGAGAACAGCAAGUUUGACUUCGACAACGUUCUGGCCGCCAUGAUGGCCCUGUUCACCGUCUCCACCUUUGAGGGGUGGCCAGAGCUGCUGUACCGCUCCAUCGACUCCCACACGGAGGACAAGGGCCCCAUCUACAACUACCGCGUGGAGAUCUCCGUCUUCUUCAUCAUCUACAUCAUCAUCAUCGCCUUCUUCAUGAUGAACAUAUUCGUGGGCUUCGUCAUCGUCACCUUCCAGGAGCAGGGGGAGCAGGAGUACAAGAACUGCGAGCUGGACAAGAACCAGCGGCAGUGCGUGGAGUACGCCCUGAAGGCCCGGCCCCUGCGGAGGUACAUCCCCAAGAACCAGCACCAGUACAAGGUGUGGUACGUGGUCAACUCCACCUACUUCGAGUACCUGAUGUUCGUCCUCAUCCUGCUCAACACCAUCUGCCUGGCCAUGCAGCACUACGGGCAGAGCUGCCUGUUCAAAAUCGCCAUGAACGUCCUGAACAUGCUCUUCACCGGCCUCUUCACAGUGGAGAUGCUUCUCAAGCUCAUCGCCUUCAAGCCCAAGGGUUACUUUAGUGACCCCUGGAAUGUCUUUGACUUCCUCAUCGUAAUUGGCAGCGUAAUUGACGUCAUUCUCAGUGAGACGAAUCACUAUUUCUGUGAUGCAUGGAACACGUUUGACGCCUUGAUUGUUGUGGGUAGCAUUGUUGAUAUAGCGAUCACCGAGGUAAACCCAGCUGAACAUACCCAAUGUUCUCCCUUUAUGAACGCGGAGGAGAACUCCCGCAUCUCCAUCACCUUCUUCCGCCUCUUCCGGGUCAUGCGCCUGGUCAAACUGCUGAGCCGCGGGGAGGGCAUCCGGACCCUGCUGUGGACCUUCAUCAAGUCCUUUCAGGCCCUGCCCUACGUGGCCCUCCUGAUCGUGAUGCUCUUCUUCAUCUACGCCGUCAUCGGGAUGCAGGUGUUUGGGAAAAUCGCCCUGAACGACACGACGGAGAUCAACCGGAACAACAACUUCCAGACCUUCCCCCAGGCCGUGCUGCUGCUCUUCAGGUGCGCCACGGGUGAGGCCUGGCAGGACAUCAUGCUGGCCUGCAUGCCUGGGAAGAAGUGCGCCCCCGAGUCGGAGCCAGGCAACAGCACGGAGGGGGAGACGCCCUGCGGCAGCAGCUUCGCCGUCUUCUACUUCAUCAGCUUCUACAUGCUGUGUGCCUUCCUGAUCAUCAACCUCUUUGUGGCCGUCAUCAUGGACAACUUUGACUACCUGACGCGGGACUGGUCCAUCCUGGGUCCCCACCACUUGGACGAGUUUAAGAGAAUCUGGGCGGAGUAUGACCCUGAAGCCAAGGGCCGCAUCAAACACCUGGAUGUGGUGACGCUGCUGCGGCGCAUCCAGCCCCCGCUGGGUUUCGGGAAGCUGUGCCCUCACCGCGUGGCCUGCAAACGCCUGGUCUCCAUGAACAUGCCUCUCAACAGCGACGGGACGGUCAUGUUCAACGCCACGCUGUUCGCCCUGGUCCGGACAGCCCUGAGGAUCAAAACGGAAGGGAACCUGGAGCAGGCCAACGAGGAGCUGCGGGCCAUCAUCAAGAAGAUCUGGAAGCGGACGAGCAUGAAGCUGCUGGACCAGGUGGUGCCGCCCGCAGGAGACGACGAGGUCACGGUCGGCAAGUUUUACGCCACCUUCCUGAUCCAGGAGUACUUCCGGAAGUUCAAGAAGCGCAAAGAGCAGGGCCUCGUGGGCAAGCCCUGCCAGAGGAGCGCCCUGUCCCUGCAGGCUGGCCUGCGCACCCUGCAUGACCUGGGGCCCGAGAUCCGCAGGGCCAUCUCCGGGGACCUGACGGCCGAGGAGGAGCUGGACAAAGCCAUGAAGGAGGCGGUGUCCGCAGCCUCGGAGGACGACAUCUUCAGGAGGGCCGGAGGCCUGUUCGGCAACCACGUCGGCUACUACCCCAGCGACGGCCGGAGCGCCUUCCCGCAGACCUUCACCACGCAGCGGCCCCUGCACAUCAGCAAGGCGGGCAGCAGCCAGGCCGACCCCGAGUCGCCCUCCCACGAGAAGCUAGUGGACUCCACCUUCACACCCAGCAGCUACUCAUCCACGGGCUCCAACGCCAACAUCAACAAUGCCAACAACACGGCCCUGGGCCGCUGCCCCCGCCCUGCCGGCGACCCGGGGGCUGUCAGCACGCUGGAGGGCUGCGGGACCCCCUUGUCCCCCGCCGUCCGGCUGCAGGAGGCCGCGUGGAGGCACAGCUCCAAGAGGUGCCCCUCCCGGGAGAGUCCGAUAGCCAUGGUGUGCCCAGAGGAGGCCUCUCGGGGCGAGGCCCGUGACAUGCAGACGCGUGAGGACGCGGAGUUCGGCAGCGAGCCCAGCCUGAUCCCCACCGAGAUGCUCUCCUAUCAGGAUGACGAGAGCCGACAGCUGACACCCCCCGAGGAGGACAGGAGGGACGUCCGGCUAUCUCCAAAGAGAGGCUUCCUGCGCUCCGCCUCCCUAGGUCGAAGGGCCUCCUUCCACCUGGAGUGUCUGAAGCGGCAGAGGAAUCACUGGGGAGACGUCUCUCAGAAGACGGUCCUGCCCUUGCACCUGGUUCACCAGCAGGCAUUGGCAGUGGCGGGCCUGAGCCCCCUCCUCCAGAGAAGCCAUCCCCCCAGCACCCUCCCCCUGCCGUGCACAACACCCCCUGCCACGCCGGGCGCCCGCGGCCGGCCCCCGCAGCCCGUGCCCACCCUGCAGCUGGAGGGGGCCGAGGCCGUGGAGAAGCUCGACAGCAGCUUCCCGUCCAUCCACUGCAGCCACCGGCCGGGGGAGCCCACGCCGGAUGCCCCCCGGAGAGCCCGGCCUGUGUCCCUGAUGGUGCCCAGCCCAGCGGUGGCCCGGGGCCGCCAGCUCCACGGCAGCGCCAGCAGCUUGGUGGAAGCGGUCUUGAUCUCGGAAGGACUGGGAAAGUUUGCUCAGGACCCCAAGUUCCUGGAGGCCACCACGCAAGAGCUGGCAGACGCCUGCGACAUGACGAUAGAGGAGAUGGAGAGUGCGGCCGACAACAUUCUCAGCGGGGGCGCCGGGCAAAGCCCCAACGGCACCCUGCUUCCUUUUGCAAACUGCAGGGACCCGGGGCCGGACAGAGCGGGGGGCACGGAGGAUGCGGCCUGGGCGCCCAGCCCCGAGCCCCCUGAGAGCGAGGAGGAGCUCCUGGACCAUGGGGCCUUGGUCAGCAGCCUGUAGCAGCCGGGCGGGACGUGCCGGGGUUUUUUAUUUGUUUCAAUGUUCCUAAUGGGUUCGUUUCAGAAGUGCCUCACUGUCCUCGUGACCUGGAGUAAACCGGAACAGCGUCUUCAUUCAUUGCGUGGGGACAAGACCGGGUGGGGUGGCGUGGAGAGAAACGGCCGCAGUCUGUGUCCACGUUGGGGCAGCCCUGGGGGAGGAGGCGCGAGAACCAGGGAGGGGACCCCAGCCGCCUGCCCUCCCCAUGGCCGCCCCGGCUCGCCGGCCGGCCCUUACCCAAAGGACCCAGGCUAAACGGGUGUCUUUCAACUUUGCUUGUAAAAAAUCAUUUUGCACAUAUUCUGUAUGAGCCUCACUGUCUCCGUAGAGCCAGGGCCCUGUGGAUUCGCAGAAGGAAGCCAGGCCCUAGCCCCAGCCCAAGGGAGGAGGGAGCAGCAGGGGGCGGGGUGAGGGGGUGGCAUGAGCGUCACACCAAGGCUACCCGCGGCCGGACCCCCCUCCGGCCCGGCCACGGCCACGGCCACGGCCACGUGUGCGCCCGGCGGGUAGUGGGCGAGACCGAGUGGUGCUGAGCUGCCAGCCCGCGCUCUUUUGGUUUGGGAUUUGACGUUUUCCUCAACAGCAUGUUUCAUUUGGGGGCUUUUGUUUUGUUUUUUUCUUUUGUUCUACCAGUGGGCGGGGAGGAAGAGGAGCAUUUUCCAAGCUUUGCAGCCCCCCACCUUAUUGUUUUCACUCUUGCAAAUGGAAAUUGGGUUUGGUUUUGUUGUGCUACUUAAUAAGAUCAUGGGUUCCUUUUCUACGGAGGAGUCUACUGAGCCGCCGUGGAGAGUUUUACCAGCCACUGUGUACACCCACUAAUGUGUUAUAGUUUCUGUAGGUAGUGACAAGAUGUUUUCGGUUUGGUUUCAUAAGUUAAAGGUAGCCAGCAAUGCACUUGGUACUGUUGUGCACAGAUGUGCGUCAUAGCGGGUGCCCGAGAGGGGAAGCACGCGCGGGGGCCUCCGGAGAGCGCGUGAUGUGUGCGCGGGGGUCGUCGGUGUGCGGCCGGGGUCUUCUCUGCACCUGCCAGUCAGCCCGCCGCUCCCACUUCUGGGCUUAACUGUGGGGAGAUUUGAAUCUGGGGCCAUGAAAGCAAAAACAAACCACUGUCUCUGCUUCUGAAACGGGAUUCAGUAACUCUCUGCAUUUUCUGUCCCACAAGAUAUGCAAAAACAAUGCAAUAAUAUUCAUUUUCAAAAUACAAUUGUGAGUUGUGUUGGCAUUACAACUGUAUUUAAAAAACACAUGGAAGUGUGAGGGAGAACCUCAGAGGCGCUUUGCUUCGGUUUGUCCGUGCGACGCUCACCGCGUUGGUGGUGUUUCUGCUGGAGAGAGGUUACACUUGAAUUCAGGUCAGUCUCGGUAUUUUACAAAUAUUUUUUUAAAACUGAAUUGCAAUUGUGCCAAGCGAAUAUAAUGAGUUGAACUAAGUUUGUUUUUGAAUUCACUCCUUGUAUAUUUGCUGCAUGUAAGUAAACCAUUUUGUAUUUGGAGUGUGACAAGCUUUACCUUUGACCUCUGAAAUGCUUUUCUGUGUGUGGUUGGGGUCAGAAAACAGCUCUUCUUUUCAUCUGUGUGAUGAGUGCAGCCCCCCGCCCCCCAGGGCAGGUCCCGAUGCCAAGUCAGCGUCCACACGCGGGUGGACCUCACUGUUUUGCAUAUCUUGUGUUCGCUUCCGUUUCCCUGGGUUUUCCCAAAACUGGGUGAUCGUGUGUCUGCAUCUUGCUUUGAGAGACCAGGACACUUCUUAUCCCAACCUUACUCCGUCUGCUCUGCCCCCGUUCUCUGAUCUGGGGUCUGGAAUUCCUCCAGGAACAGCCCCUCCCCAGGAGGGGCCGUGAAGCGCCCCAACCAGUCUCUCUGUCACCAGGCUGGUGUCCGCGUCCCCCACGAGAGAGGCAGCCGACCUUGCCAUCUACCCCACGGAACAGGCGUUCCUCAGGGAAGCGUUCCCUGGCCAGGAGAGUGGACUGUCGGAGGGCAGGGCGCACUCUGCCACACCCGGACCGCAGGGGCUGGAGCCCGACAGCAGUAAAAUCCUGUCCAUCCAAAGCCAGGUCCAUCUCACUCACUGCUCUACCUGGGCUCCCCCUGGAGCAGGACUUCCUCCAGCUGACUGUCGUGGAGUGGAGGCCACAGGGGGCCAGGACCAGUGCGGAGAGUCAGGAGCGCGCAGUAACCAUGGGGCCAGAGGCGUUGCGGGGCAUCUCUGCCUGUCUGCAUCCACCUGGACAUCACCUGGGGUGCUGCUUCCUUCAGACAGAUUUCAACAGCGAUGGCUGACAAGGGACGGAUGUGGGGGAAACCACACGCAACCGUCCACCCACAGCGUCCUUCGCAGUCCCAGGGCUCUCAGCCCUUCCAGGCACGCGCUCACAGGAGCAGCUCGGAAACGAUGCAGGGCAUGUCCCCUCCGCGGUGGAGAUGAGCGUCACUCUGAAGCCCCUGUGCUCUCGCCCCGGGUGGCUUACAGUCUGGAAAAUCCCGGUCCCCCGACUUCCUAGGCUCCUUCUCCAUGCCAUCGAGGUCUCCUAGAAAUUAAGUUCCAGUGUCGUCCGUCCUCCGUCCAGUGUCCCAAAUGUCUACCACUGGCCAUGGCGAUGUUUGAUGGGAUGGGGUGGGGGCCCUCGGGUCCAUCCCUGGGUCCCGCUGUACCUUUGGCCCCGGAUAGGAAUUUGGAAUCUUAACUGACCUCACACACCCACCACAAGCUCAGCCUCCUUGAGCUGCCUUCUGCUUCCUCUUGGACUUUUCAUCCGUGUCACCGAAUCUCACCAGCCAGCUACUUCCAGGGCUCUGCCGUGGGCAUCCCCUCGCCUGCUUGCCCUUGGCCGUCCGCCGGCUCCCCGUCCUGCGCCUGCAGGACCCGGGUCCGCAAGGCAAGGGCUGGUGGGCUGCUGGGAAGGGGCGCGGCUCAGACAGGAGCGCCGCUGGGGAGGGCUCUUCCCGAACCUGAGCUCACGACCGGCGUGGUCGGGGUGGACGUGUGACACCUGCCACCCUCUUCCACAGUGUGGCGCUGCCUCUCCAUCCAAAACAGAACUUUCCUGUGGCCUUCACAGCAGAAUCGACAGGCCUUGUGAAAACCCAGAGUGACAGGAGAAGCUAAGACAGCUCAGGCCCCAGAGCCCAGGCCCCAGGUCAGGUCGGCCUGGUUUGCGUUCGGCCCGUCUGGUGGCCUCUCUCGUUUCCACCUUGGUCGUAACAGAUGCUCACUGUCUCCUUCCCACCCGCCCCUAGGAGGUUCUGUCUGGUCUUGGGGUGGAAGGGAAGGCUUUCUCUCCACGUCGUGGCUUCAUUCAUGAACGUUCUCUGCUUUGCUUCCGAAGCUCUUCCUUCUAGUCUCUUCCCGCAUCUCCCAAGUCGGACUGUGAGCCCAGGGGUCUUUCUCACCAGGUCUUUGCCCUCCUCCGUGCCCCCGCUUCCGAGUCCCCAGGGCUGGGCUGGAGUGGAGCGGCCCCCGCGUUCCCUGCCAGAACAUCUGGUCCCUCGGCCGAGGGAGCCACAGCCAAGCACAUCCACCGGGGCUGAGAAAGGAGGGCACCGGAAAGGCAGGAGUCCGGAGGUCGUCGAGGGGGCCAGGUGGUUCUCCAGGGGCCAGCAGGUGCCCACCCCCACCCCCAAAGGCCAGGAGUGAGAGCGAGGACUCAGACCGGGCCCAGGGAAGAGGCGGGGUGGUCAGGGCUCCAAGGGUUGCUACGGAGGGUGAGGACAUCCCACCUUGGAUGGAGGCCUGGAACAGCGGACAGGCCACUGAGAGUCAGAAACAGUUCAGCAAAGUCGCCAAGGAAAGGGCCAUCUUGUAUCGACCCUCGGAGACCCUGGCUGGUCAAAAACUUGCUGCCAGAGUCCAAGCCAGUGCCGUUUUUGUACAGAUGUGACUGUGUUCUGGGGAAGAGUCGGCACAGAACCGGAGGGGAAUGGGGUUCCGGGAGGGCACGUUCUGACUCCCUGUUUUGGUUCCGUGUUCCAGAAGGAAGGGUCGGGUUCAACCCCCUAUCGUGGCCAGGACAGUGGAGAGGCUGUGGCCUCAAGGAUGUGCUUUGGAAGAAGAGAAAAAUAAAACGGGUCUUGCUUUGUUUUCCCAGCCAGACCAUCCCAUUUGUCUGGGUGUGGGCUGUCUGCCACCCUGUCCCCCUCUGCCGACGUCCCUUCUGCAUGUUCGCCGCCUCCCACCCGGAACGCCAAGGCCCAAGGGGGACGAAGGGAGGGCAAGGCUGUCCGGAUGGAGCCUCCCCACCUUUCCCAGCGGCCCCCUCCUCCCCGGUCCAGUGAGACGGGUCCUGGGAGCAGAUUCCUAUAGUUUCUUGGUGGAUGCAUUUCUGGGGUUAACUUUAUUUAUUUAUGUAUUUAUUUUUGUUUCAAAGCAAGGAAACAUUGCUUUGUGGGGCCAGAUUCCAAACUGGUGAAUGGGUUUCUGCCAGGUUUCCACAUUGUACACGCACACACACACACUCAGGCUCCCACCCUUAAGAGGCAGGUGCUGGCACUCCGGCUGAGCGAGACACAAAGGGCUUUGUCCUCCUCUCAGGAGGCUGCGCACUGAGCAGAGAGGAACUUCCCUGGGUGGAAACGUGCGUCUGGACCUAUGAGUACUGUGAACUGAGCAUCAUGUGUCGACAACGAGAAACUACGGCCACACCUAAAGUCCGUUCUCCUGAUGUGGCUUUAGGACACUUGGUCACAGCAGAUGGUGGGGAAGCCCCACGGGCUCCCCGCGGCUUUAAGGAAGCCUCCUCAUGGUGUCUGAAGGGGAGGCAGGGCCGCAGCGGGUGUCCCGUCAGCCUGAGUCGCGCAGAGUCCAUGAAUUCCCUUUCUCCACGCACCUGGGGGAGACCAGACAGAGGAGAGCCUACGUGUUACGUGAGCCGAGUCACAGCCCCCUCCAGGUGUCACAGGGGUCUCCCCUUUGAGGGGCGUCCGGGAACCCCGGUUUUCAGAAUCAGUCAUCUUGGGAACGUGGCACGACAUUUAAUCCCCAGGAAUCAGUUACAGCCAGUUUGUCCCCUGCAAUUACACUGCGUCAGAAACUGGCCAGAGCAGCUCUGGGAGGAGACACGGAGGGGGCCCGGGGGCUGUGGGCCAGGAAGAGGACGGGUCACUGGGCGCCAAGCCCCCUCCCCUCAGACUUCCCAACACAGGAAAACUACACAGAGGCUUGAAAAGGGAAAAGCAACACUUGAGACUCGGGGGCAGACGGUUUAUGGCGGCCUCCUUCAGAGAGGCAGGCUCCCACCGCCCCACCACAUGCACCCCUCCCCGACGUGUCGCCUCACACCCCCGGCGCUGGUCUCUGGAGCCUCAUGGGAACGAGGUUCCCCCCAGGGAGGAAGGUCCUGGAGGCCCAAAGGUCUCAGCGAUGGGAGCCGCUGAGACCCCCCACCAUGGAAAAACACACACGUUCACCAAGAAUCAGGUGGCAGGUCCUGGUGGUGACCAUCCCUCACGCUCGCACAUCCCUGCUUCAUCCUCGCACCCAGGGCUGCCCAGUGGACAGGCCCUGCCCACCCUCCCCUCUGCAGCGCCCGCCUUCACCCCACCCGUCUGAGUCAUGCCCCUUCCAGGAGACACCCAAGGGCCCGUCACCCCCAUGCCCCCGCGCCUUCCCUCGGGGCCCCCGGCCUCACUGUUGUAAAUACUGUUGUACAGUUUGUAAUCAGCAAACAGCCCGUUGACGGCCUGGCCUGCGACCCUCCCCUGGAGAAGGGCCGGGGGUGGAGGAGAGUGGCAGGCCGUCUCUGUGUGAGACGCUGUGUAUAUUCCUGUAAGAUUGCAUUUUUACCUAAGGAAUGAUGUUAUUUAAAAAACAAACAAAAAACCCAAAAAACAAGAAUUGCAAAUAAAUUUCUUAACAACGUC